CUACAUUAGAAACACUGAUGCUUUAUCCAUCUUUCUUUCUCUUUUCUUUUAUUCUAUAAAAAAUGGUAAGAAUCAGACUGCAAAUGGCUCUUAAAAACCUUGACAAAAACAUUGCCUUUAUGGAUGCAUAUGAAUUUACCAAUUUUUCAUUGCAGAUACUUAUCUUGUGUAUCGAGAAUUUAGUAUUAUCAAGAGUAGAAAUGUGGCCUUCACUUUCUUAUGUUUCUGUGUUACAGUAGUUCCUCAUGUAUCAUGCUUUGUUGCAUCAGGCUAAACCUACCUGUAUCUUAGUUCUCUGUUCGAUAAAGUACCAUAUUUUUUUUUUUGUGGAAUUAUCGAGUGACCCAUCUGACAUGAAAUUAUGUAUUUUUGGCUGAGUUAAAUUGUAGCUGGAAGUUUAGAAUGGUUGAAGGGAUACUGAAGAAGCAUAAGGAUUUCUGAUUUAUUUGUGUAUUCUAUGAGUGUUGAAUCUAUGGCUUUCAAACAAAAGAAGCGAGUGAAGAACACAAAGAACAAGUACCUAAAACCUGGUGCGCUUGCUCAGAUCCGAUAUAGCAGGAGCUCAAGCAAAUCGUGCACGGAUAUUGGGAAGAAAAGGAUCGUGUUGCAGUCAGAGAAGGCGAAGAUUGAUCUGCUUAAUCGGGAUGAGGUCAUUCAGAGCGAUUCACCGAUCGUGUCUCCCAUUAGGGUCAGCUCUCAUCUCGCAAUGGAUGAUGCUAAGCAGCAGAAGCUUCCUCUGACACCUAAAACACCACAGAGUGUAGAUUGUGAUAGUCAAUCAAGACUCGAAUCUCUUCCUAUGGAUAUUCUGGUCAAAAUCCUCUGCCACCUGCAUCAUGAUCAGCUACGAGCUGUUUUCCAUGUUUCCCAGAGAAUUCGAACAGCUGUACUACUGGCCAGGCAAUUGCAUUUCAAUUACACGACCCCAGACCGGUCCAGGCAAGAGAUGCUCAACACCAAGACUCCGGUGCCGACCGAACAUUGGCCUUUUGUGAGCAAGGCAAAUGGAAAGAGGCCAACCCCGCACACACCGAAAGCUCCAAGACACGGCCCUCGUCCUCGCCUGCACCUGAUGGACAUGAGGCAGAUCGCAGCUGUCCUGUUCCAGGAGUCGACACUCCGUCCGGGGCGAAUCAUGCCACCGGGUCUGCCGAGGCCAAUCUUCAAGCCCGUAGCUUCCACUCGAGUUCUGUUCUACGAGGACGAGCUGUGUCAGGCAGUAGCCCAGAAUAAGCUUCGCUGAGGUUUUCCCCUAUAUUUCUGCCUAUCAUAUGUAUAUGCCUUUUGGUCGUUCAUAAUCUGUAGGUGAGGUAGGAUUAUGAGCAAAGAACAAGUUGGCUACAAGUGCAUUAAAGAGGCAUCUGGCUUCUUUGUAUAGGUAGUUCUUCCUAUAUAUAUAUAUAUAUAUACACCAUGUUUUGCUUGGAUAAAGGCUGGGUUCUUGUAUAGAUCUUCCUAUAUAAAGUGUUUUGUUUGCCUCUUCUACUUGUUCCCAGGAUGUUCUAAACGGCUUAUUUCCGUGCUUAAUAAAUAAUGCAUCUAUGGAUA